GCAAGAUUUCAGCGCCUACCAGCCAGCUUGGUGUACUUGACAACCAGCCGAUCAUAUGCAAGCCAAGCAGGCCGUGACAUGGCUCGAUCCCUUUGUUUGAAGGCUAAACCGACUCACCAACGCAUAGUGACAUAAAAGCGCUGCGCCUUUGUUACCUCUUCCCGGCAUUGGCCUAUAUCUUUAUGACAAGUCCGCACCUCGCAGUUUAUCCUCCCUUACAUUUUUGACACCACUCCUUUCACCAUGACUUCCUAUGCUGCGAAGCUGGUAGCCAAAAGAUUCUUCAAGGAGAACACCUCUAAUCAAAAUGGUUACGAAGAUCCCUACUUCGAGACAGUCCCGGCGACCAGACUAGGAGGACUUUACAAGACGACCAAGAAGAGAAAGAGGGCUCUCCCACCUGGUCUGACUCCAGAAGAAGAGAAGAUCCUCACAAAGGCCAAGAGGAGAGCGUACCGCGUCGACCUCUCUCUUGGAAACUUCUGCGGAACUAGAUUCGGAUGGGGAGCUGUUAUCGGCCUGAUACCUGCGAUUGGUGACGUAGCCGACCUUUUGUUGGCCUUCAUGGUGUACCGAACGUGCUGCUCCGUCGAGCUACCUUCCUCCAUCAAAAGCCGCAUGGUGUUGAACAUGGCAAUCGACUUUGGCAUUGGCUUGGUACCAUUCAUCGGUGACAUUGCGGAUGCCGUUUACAAAUGCAAUACCAGGAACGUGAUAUUGCUGGAGAAAGUGCUGCGCGAACGUGGCGCAAAGAGAAUCAAGGGUACGCCGCAUGCAAAUAUAGCAGAUCCCAGUCUGCCAGACGAAUACGAUUACCAGGGCGAUGAACAACUCUUGAACAAUCAAAAUGGCCCUCCCCCCCGAUAUACCUCCCGACGCGAGAAUGGCAGAUCGCACAGAGAUCGUCGUGAUGUUGAGCGAGGAGAAACUGGUGCGCCGUCACUGCCAGCACGCACGCGCUGAUGUUGAUUGUCGGGAGGUCCUGGUUUGCGAAUGCUAGAGACUUGAGAGAUAGCAUGCAAUACAUUGUAUUGAGCGAUAAAUUGAACGGACAUUAUCAUUGCUGGCUUGUUCGCUUAGGAAGGCUGCGUUGAAGGACGGGAUCUGCAUUGUUCAACACAGUCUGACCUGUGCUACCGUAGUUCGUGGUUCGUCGGGUCCAGAGACUUCACGGCCUAACAUCGUGUUUCAUUCUUUCGCAUCC